AUGUAUGUGGUUGCAGCGUUCUGCUCGUCGGACCAAGAGUGCGCGCUGGACGAGGCGUGCGUGCGCGGCCAGUGCGCCAACCCGUGCGCGGGCAAGGGCGCGUGUGGCAUGAACGCGCUGUGCAGCGUCGCCAACCACCUCAAGCUGUGCGCCUGCCCGCCCGGCUUCACCGGCAAGGCCGACGUGGAGUGCGUGCGCGUGACGUGCCGCGUGCACAACGACUGCUUCCUGGGCCACAUCUGCCUCAACAACAUGUGCAUCUUCGGCUGCACCACCAACGACGACUGCACGGCGAGCGAGGCGUGCGUGGAGCACCGCUGCGCCGACCCGUGCGCGGCGUCGCCCUGCGGCCCCAACGCGCUGUGCGCCGUCUCCAACCAGCGCGCCUCCUGCUCGUGCCGCGACGGCUUCGUGCCCAGCCCCACCGCGCAGGUGGCGUGCGUGCGCGCGCCGGCGCAGCCGUGCUCGGAGAACCGCGAGUGCGGCGCGGGCCAGGCGUGCCACGAGGGCGCGUGCCGGCCGCUGUGCGCCGGCGCCGCGGGAUGCCUGGCCAGCGAGCGCUGCGUGGCGGACGCCGGCGUGUGCAAGCCCGUGUGCCGGCGCGACGACGACUGCCGACGCGGCGAG